AUUUACUCUGAAAUGAGUUCUGAAAUAAGCUACGAGGAGUUUAUUAAGGCUAGAGAUCUCUAUAAGCACAAGAAGCCAGCUGACCCAAUAGAUGUAGUUAAAGAAUUCUUUUCGGAAGAAGAAGUUGUUACUAAAAUACUCUUGGCUGUGAAUAUAGUGUUUUAUGUUGUGGAAGCAGUGGGUUUUAAGGAUACGGCUUUGUAUGAUAUGAAUCUUUAUAAGGUUGCUUCAAGAAAAGAAUAUUAUCGUAUUAUUACAUAUACAUUCUCUCAUGCUGAUUACAAUCAUUUGUUCGGAAACAUGGUAUUUUUAUUACUCUUGUCUCCAACACUUGAGAGACACCAUGGCUCCAAGAAAUAUGGAAUCGUAAUCUGUCUUUUAGUUCUAGUUCAAGGUUUAGUAUUCUGCUUGUUGACUUACAUCAUGACUUUUUUGCCUGCUUAUGGAGGAAGUGACUACUACUAUUCCUAUUGUGUAAUAGGUUUUUCAGGAAUAAAUUAUGCUUUUAUCUUAUUUUGGUCCUAUGUUGGCAAGAGUAAUCAUUAUUUCUGGAAAUACUGUAGACUCCUCAUCGUAGCUGCCAUUUGGAUUCACUGUAUAAUGGACAAUCUUGAGGGCGGGAAUAUAAGUGUGCUAGGCCACUUUGGAGGAGCUCUAAGCGCCAUGAUCAUUAGAUUCCUCUUCUUCACAAGUGUCGAGAGGCUGUUUGGCAGUGGUAGGAUGAAUUUUUGGACAUAUAUCUCGAGAUAA